GGCGGAUAAUUCAAAAAGCACGCACUCAUUUAUUCGCUUUCCGACACUCGUGCUGUGCAGUUCGCCGCGUUUCCUCCGUCUUGGCCAAAAAACUCGUGACCGAUCUCCGAGAGAAUAAGUGCAAGAGAGAGCCGAGUCUAAAACCAGCUUAGAGCGAGCCGACAAGUGUGGGGCCGCGCCGCCAGCAUCCACGUUAGCAGUGCAAGCGAAAGAAACGGCGAUACCAGUUUUGGGAGACACCGCCACUCUCCACGACUCUUCCCAGACAUUUGGAGCGCAGCUUUGCUCAGCUGAAACGUCUUGAGAAAUUAUAUACCUCGUAUACCGCGCGUUAUUCAGGGUGUGGUGCUAAAGAUCCGCAGAGACGACGACGAGAUGUGGAGCCCAAAGAACCUACUUGGCUGCGUGUGGAGCGCCCUGCUGCUGGCCCUGCUCCAGGGCGCGGCGGCCCAGCGCACGCCCACCAUCUCGUACAUCACACAGGAGCAGAUCAAGGACAUUGGCGGCACCGUCGAGUUCGACUGCUCCGUCCAGUACGCCAAGGAGUACAAUGUGCUCUUUCUGAAGACUGACAGCGAUCCCGUCUUCCUGUCCACCGGAUCGACGCUGGUGAUUAAGGACUCGCGCUUCUCGCUCCGCUACGAUCCCAACUCGUCCACGUACAAGCUGCAGAUCAAGGAUAUCCAGGAGACGGAUGCGGGCACCUACACCUGCCAAGUGGUCAUCUCCACGGUGCACAAGGUGAGCGCUGAGGUGAAGCUGUCUGUGCGCCGUCCGCCCGUCAUCUCGGACAACUCCACGCAGUCGAUCGUGGCCAGCGAGGGCAGCAGCGUCCAGAUGGAGUGCUAUGCCAGCGGCUAUCCCACGCCCACCAUCACCUGGCGUCGCGAGAACAACGCCAUCCUGCCCACGGAUAGUGCCACCUAUUCCGGCAACAUCCUGCGCAUCAAGUCAGUCAAGAAGGAGGAUCGCGGAACCUACUACUGCGUGGCCGACAAUGGCGUCAGCAAGGGCGAUCGUCGUAAUGUCAACGUGGAAGUGGAGUUUGCCCCCGUAAUCACUGUGCCCCGACCCCGGCUGGGACAGGCCCUGCAAUACGACAUGGAUUUGGAGUGCCACAUCGAGGCGUACCCACCGCCAGCCAUUGUCUGGACCAAGGAUGACAUCCAGCUGGCCAACAACCAGCACUACAGCAUCUCGCACUUUGCCACCGCCGACGAGUACUCCGACUCGACGCUCCGUGUGAUCACCAUUGAGAAGCGUCAGUACGGUGAUUAUGUGUGCAAGGCCACCAAUCGCUUUGGCGAGGCGGAGGCGCGUGUCAAUCUCUUCGAGACCAUCAUUCCCGUAUGCCCACCGGCCUGCGGUCAGGCGUCAUUUGCCGGUGCCGAGGAAGUGGCUGCCACCUCGUUCGCCCUGGUGGGCAUCCUGGCGGCGCUGAUCUUUGCCAGAUAAGCCAAUAUCCGCUCUCCGUGUCCAACAACCAACAAAAACAAAACAAAAUCCAUCACACUCAGCCCUCGAAUGCAUAAACGUAAACAUAAACAAUAUAUAUAUAAUAGAUAUACCUUGUAACCGCGCAAUAGAAGUCUCAAAUGAUACCGGAAUUCCAGUUCUUAAACGCAAAAAUCUGUUGUAGCUCCCGUUCCCGUUUCCUUUUUCUUACGUCCAAUAUAUUAUGUCUUAAGUUAAGAAGUAUGCUAAGUGAAAAAGAGGGGGACCGAGAGCAAUCGAUAUAAUUUAUUAGCACCUACCUUUGGGCCACCAACUCGAACUCUAACCAUACUGUGUAGGACUCUCUCCCUCUUGAUAUACAUCCCUAAAAUCCCUUUCGUUUUGCUUUCUAAUCUGGCACUGUAUAUGUUUUAAAUACCUUAAUCUAAGAACUAUAUGCAACAGUUCAACAUUCCGUUUCCGCUUUGCUGGGGGGAACAGAGAUAUUUUAUUUUUUAUUUAAUAAACAAUAAAGUAUUCUCGUGACAACUCGAAUAAACCCUAAUGAUAAUACUAACACCGGCAUUAAGUCGAGGCAAAAACAUCUGUAAACAUCUCUCUCUCUACUUAGGUCUUAAGCACGAAAUUCUUUUGAUAAACAAGACAAGAUUUUUGAGCCCAGUUUUUGUGUGGCUGCGACGACGAUUAAAAUCAAUUUCGACUUUGUAAUUCAAGAAAAAAAAAUGAUAAACGACAAAAACACAAAUGAACAAACAAAA